GCGUAGGAGGUAGAAAAGCACAUUAGGGCGACGGUUGAGUGAGCUUAGCUACUGAUAUCGGCGGAUAGUAGAGAUCGGAUCGAUGAUAGAGCAGAUCAGUGGAGUAGAGCUUCAGAUCGAUGACGCCAGAUGGCCUAGGCCUCCGAAGACAGUAGCGCCAGGCCGGUUGGCGCUAGAUCUGCAGGCCAGACGAGUUUCCGCGGAUGCGAUAGAGAGUCGGUGGUCUUCUAAGGUGUUGGGCCCAGACGUGCACUUGUGGAUGUAUGUCAUCGAGAAGUUUGAGCUAGACAGUCAGAGGUGGCGACGACAAGGCACGACUAGUAUAGAGGUAGUGGGCCACAUUUACUACUCGCGGGAGGUGCUAGCCACAGUCUAUUUUCACGGCAUCGUGCACGAUCAUUGGCGAGAGGAGCAGAGCGCGAGGAGCGAGGUAGAGCGGUUGCACGAGGGUGUUCGGGGAGUGACGACGACCUUGAGGAUUGGAGGACACUUCCCAUAUCCUAGCAGUCGACUACGAGUGACACUUCCGUGCUUCGUGGCGGAGGAGCUUUGGGGAGUUAGACGUCUGGGUGAGAUCUACUUUGCGGCUCUUGACUUGGACGGCCUCUGCCGGGGGUACGCUGACAGGGAUUGGGUAUUGUAUGCACAGUUUGUAGCAGGGCCGCUUGUAGGCAAGCGAGGGCUCCAGUUGAUUGAGUUCCUGCGGGCCAUUGUACCUACCGGUAGCCCCGACCUGUAUUCUCUGUACCAGCCCCUAGCCUUCUGGACGGCACUAGAGAGAGAGGCUCAGAGGCCUACUGAUCAUUUAGCUGGAGUGGGACAGCUGUUAGCCGAGACUCGUGAGGAGAGGCCGGGCCAUCUCAUCUCGACCGGCGAGGUUGAGGAGUAUUACCAGCAGGUAUAUCCAGAGGCUGACGGUCUUGCGUGUUACACCGAGGAUCGGGAUUGGGAGAACUUCUAUGACAUAGACCCCUGGGGUGACCAGGAGGACGGCUGGGGACAUCACCUACACGCAGAGGGACAGGAGGGUAUCCCAUGGGGAGAGGAGUACAUGACAUCGCCCGACCGAGCUCUGAGGGAUCUGAAGGAACGAAUUAGGCGGGACGCACCGCUGAGAUGGGCUGACCAAACCAAUGACGAAGAGCCCGACGUAAUGGGCGAGCCGGUCGUGACGGAGCCGCAGGAGACACUGAAGACGGGAACCUCGAGCGGUCGACGAGAAGCGACGAGACGACGCUCCCACGAGUAUGAGCGGAGGGAGACCAUGGCGGAUAGGCACAGAGACGACUGGCGGGAGAGUUCGAGCGAUUCCUAUUGGAGGGACAGAGAUAGAGACCGGGCGCCGCCUAGGCGAGUCUUCGACCCUCAGACAGGGGAGUCGCAUCCGGUCCCUUACGAGAGCAAGGACCGCUAUAUUAUUAUGCACAAGGCCUCUGAGCCACCUACUUUUAGGGGUUAUGGCAUCACAGAAUACCUGGAGAAGUGGGAGCUUCAUGCAAGUCGGAAGCUUUACAAGUUGGAGGAUAACAAGUACUCCAUCAAGGACCUUGAAACGAUGACUCAAGAUGAGGAUGAGAGCGUACGGGCCUUUGGGAUGCUCUUCCAGAAGAUCUCCGACGUGCUGAUGAAGAAGGGGAAGAUCUCAGAGGUCGAACGCUGUACUAUCUUCAUCGGACACCUGUCCAAAGGUAGACAAAAGAGUAUACUUAGAGAUCUUCCGCGUGACAAGCUUGACUUCCUAGAAGUCCUAAAGCUCGCGAUAAAGGCAGAGGCAGACGACUACAAGGACUUAGUGUGGAGAGGGAUGAGGAGACGUGACUUCUCUCUCUACAAGGAGUAUGCCACAGAUAGAUGCCCUGAUUUCAAGGACCUCCCUUGGUCGGAGAAGAGUGAAGCCGUGGCCGAGGAAGUGAAGGAGAUAAGGGACAUGGUAAAGGGAUUGACGAGACAGGUUACAGAGAUUGUGACAAGCACAGGAGCCACGACUUACCGGGACAAACCCGGAGGGCCCUAUUCACUUCGCUGGGAUCGGAGGAACACCGAUUCUUGGAGGAGUGUCGAGGACAGAAAUCCUCGCACGCUGACUGAUUAUCGUACGCGGGAAAGGGAGAGAGACGAUGAGCCAUGGCGACGUAAGGAUGACGAGAUAGACCAGGACCGCAGAGCUCGCGAGACGUAUGGGCGAGCUAGGAGGCUGGAUGAUUACUUGCGUAGCCCUCGUUAUGAGGCCGAUCGGGGUAGAGGCGACUCUAGAGGCCAGUGGGAGUCGGAUCAGGGCCGACGAGACGGAUACAGGGACUGCAGAUAUGAGAGAUCAGACCGGGAUGGAUAUAGGGACGAAAGAUAUGAGAGGACGGAUCGAGAUGGCUACGGAGGUGACAGAUAUGAGAGAGGAGGUCGAGACGUGGACCGACGGGACGACUCGCGCGGACGGUAUGACCGCGGAGGAUACGCGAGAGAGCGGUGCAACGAUUCGCGGGGGUGGUACAGCCGAGGAGAUCGGCGCGAUGAGACACGCGGGCGAUAUGACGCUGGGGACCGCCGAAACGAUUCACGGGGACGAUAUGAGUCAGGAGGAUCUGGGGGAGACCGCCGCAACGAUUCGCGCGAUCGGAAUGAGAGAGGGGGAUAUGGCGCCUCAUCAGAGCCGUAUCCCAAGUCGCCUGACCCCAGAGCGGCGAGAGGUACGACCUCCAGAGGCACGGACGACAGGCCACCCACCCCUAGGAACUCUUGCGUCUACUGUAGAGGGGAUGUUCAUAUCAAGAGAGAUUGCCCGGACCUCAAACGGGCAAUAGACGAGGGGCUUGUCGUGCUUGACGACCGCAAGUACGUCAAGUGGGCAGAUGAUCUGAGAGAUUUAUCGAUGUUCCCUUCGAUGAAGGAGAAUGUCGAGGCAAGGAGAGUAAAGCCGAGUAGAGGGAAGGAACUGGUCAAGAGUCAGAGCAUCAAGAUAACUUUUGAGGGGGAUAUGACGACCACACCCAUAAGGGUGGCAGCCACCAAGUCCGCGAGAGGAUCUACAUCGAAGGAGACCGACACGGAUUACGUGAUGGCAGAGAAGGACGGCGGGCAGCGGAUCGAUGGAGAGGAGGUUAUUCUUUCGCCGCGAAAGCGGGGAGUAAAAAAGUUAUUGAUGAAGAGUUCGCUGGAUGAGAUUGACACGGUCGAGCCACUGAGACGGGCCCUUCGACAGCCCAUGCAGUGCUCUAUUCUGGAGUACCUGGCGGCAUCGAAGCCAACUCGCGAUGAGUUAUAGAUGAUCACACGAAAAACUCGCAUACCUCUAUCAGAGGAGGCUCAGGGGGGCCCUAAGGCGGAAGCUCCUACCGUAGCAGUAACAGGGGGAACUGCCAAAGCGGAUCGCAUGGCGACAGUCCUUCUUGAUGGGAUGGAAGGUGUGCCACCGGACAAGUUUUACAUACUUGGUAGUGGGGCCGUGGAGACGAUCAUAAACGAUGGAGCGGUACUAGAUGUUGUGAUCGAUAACAGCAGUGAGGCUGUCAUUAUAGACGAGGAUCUGGCAGUACAGGUUGGACUGGGCCUCGAUAGGUCAUACCAAUUCGAGAUAGAGACUGCUGAUGGGAGAAAGCAACAAAUCACUGGGGUUUGU